CCGAUGCGUUCCGACAGACGUUCGGAUAUUUUCUAAUCUGUACAUCAAAGAACCGAGCGGCAUAUGAUAUGACGAAGAUGGUGAUAGUUUGAUAUUUUAAGAAGUCUGAAGUGCACGAAAAAAUGGAAACAGCGUCUGAAGCUCAGAUCAAAGGGGAAAACGACACCCAAACAGACACAUCACAAACAGAAAUAACAAUAACACCAGAGCAGACUCAGGACAGCACAAAAAGCUCAACUCAGUACAAAGUCCCCACCAAAGAGAUAUAUGAGCCUCAAGAUCUAAAAAAGUGGGAGGAAUCAGAGGCUUACAGAGACUUGGUAGGAUUCAUCACAGCCAUCAAUGAUGCUGUCAAAGGGAAGAAAAUAUCAGACUCUUAUCCUGUCUCACAGACUAUAGAAAAUUUGGUAGCUAUGUUGGACAAAAUGUCAAAUUGGAUCGACGAAAUUCCUCCAAUCGAUCAGCCUCAGAGAUUUGGAAACAAAGCAUUUAGGGAUUAUUUUAAAAGAGUGAAAGAGAAUGCAGAAGCUCUGGUUAGAGAAGUUGUUGGAGACAAGUUUGAGGCCUGUAUUCCAGAAAUCUCCACGUAUCUAGUCGAGUCUAUAGGAAACGACACAAGAAUAGACUAUGGCUCAGGCCACGAGCUAGCAUUUGCUGCCUUUCUAUGCUGCUUGUUUAAAGUGGAAGCUCUGACAGAGCAGGAUGCCCCUGCUGCAGCACUGAAGGUCUUUGAAAGGUACCUGCAUUUUGUCAGGAAGUUACAGACUGUGUACAGAAUGGAGCCGGCCGGCAGCCAUGGAGUCUGGAGCCUGGAUGACUUCCAGUUCCUCCCCUUUAUGUGGGGCAGCUCUCAACUUAUAGGUCAUAAAAGGAUACUUCCAAAGUCUUUUGUAAAUCCUGACAUUUACGAACACUUUGCGAAAGACUACAUGUUUCUAGGAUGUAUAAAAUAUAUCAACCAGGUCAAAACUGGCCCUUUUGCUGAGCACUCAAAUCAACUGUGGAACAUCAGUGGUGUACCACACUGGGAGAAGGUGAAUUCAGGCUUCAUCAAGAUGUAUAAAGCAGAGGUGCUUGGUAAAUGUCCAGUAGUUCAGCAUUUCCUGUUCGGCAGCUUAUUGUCCAUCCAGCCAGCCACUGGUACGUGAUGGACAUGUAAGGACUGAAUUUCUACUGGAUAUAUGUGUGUAUUUAUAGUGCUUGUUAAACAGACAGCAGUUUUUAAUCUGUAGUUGGACUCAAUCAAAUGACAACAAUGAUAUGCCCAGACGAACAAGAAUGUUCCCUUAAUUCUAUCUAAAAAUUAUGAUUCUAAUUUGAUUUAGCAAGCACCGGCCUGCACAAAUGCAAUAGUGGUCAAGCAUAUGAGGCAUUACAAAUGUCAUGACAUUGUGACAUCAUGUGCAAUAUCCUCUGUUUAAUAUGUUAUGUAUUUAAUUGAACAUGAGUUUGAAGUCUUACAAAUUCAAUACGUAUAUGAUUCAAGAUGUAAUUGUAUGAAUACACAUGACAAUGUUUUUGAUAUUGAAAAAUUUGUACUUAAUAUAAUGUAUGCAUAUAAAUAAAUAUAUUGAUCAUAAUUGG